AAUUGAACAACUUUGACAACAUAUGAGAAGAAACCAUAAAAUUUAUAACACAAGUUUCAACCAUACUAAUCUCAAUUAAAGUACUCAAAAAGAAAAAAAUUGUACCUUUAUUCCAGAGGAAAACUGAUAGUAAACCUCAGAAUCAUCCUGUAGAGUGAAAGAAAAUUCACAAAAUAAGCAAAAGGAGUGUGGUGUAAAGAAGAAAAGACAAAAGGAGUGUGGUGUAAAAAAAGUUAUAGAAUUGAUUAAGAAAAGAACAAAAGGAGUGUGGUGUAAAGAAAAAAAGACAAAACGAACAAAAAGAAAAAACUUACAUGGGAUUUCUUUGGUCGAAACACCAGAAAACGCCAUAAGACCAACCAUUACUAACACAAAGACUCUUGAGUGUUCUUCUAAGCACUGAAAUGUUCUCAGCUUCACCCAUUUCACCAACUAUGAAAUGGUCUUUGUUCAACUCUGUUGCUGCUAACCAUGUUGUUAUUGCUGCCCGAAAUCGUUCCAGUUUUGAUAAAGUCCUUACUUUUGCACAGGAUACAAUUUUUGCUAUGGAAGCCUCAAAAAAGUUACAGGUAGCUUUUGCAGCUGCUAGCACUGCAAGCUUGGCAGAGGCUAAAUCUGGGGAGGCUAUCUCUUCCAUUGAGAGGGCUCUUGAUUUUAAUUUCCAAGACGUGGAUGGAUUACUACGGUUGGUACGGCUUGCAAUGGAGGCCAUUAGCCGUUAAAGACUUAAAAGUGGUUGUGGACUUCUUAACUCCGGGAUUUAAGAUAAACUGGUGAAAAGCAAGUAAUAAGAGGCUGACCUGAUCUCUGUGAUGAAGGCUCUCUCUUUGUCCAUGUUUAUAAUUUUUUUAUUUGCUGAAGAUCAGCUUAUUGGCAUGCACUGCAGUGCCCCAAGGUUGUUUCAAGUUUACCAUGGCUGGUUUGUGCUAUUACUGAUUCAAGGCUUCUGCAUAAAAGAUUUUGAGCUCAUCCCAAUUGGCUGAUCUGCUUUUUCCAGAAGGAGCUAAAGAUUUUCAAGAAAAUAAAUAAAAAAAAGUGGACAAUUUUAUUAUAGGUGUUUUUUUUUAAUCCAUACUGGUGGCGACAACCCAAGGAUUGGGAGCUUCCUGAUGCAUAAACCAUCUAGCUUUACUUAUACGAAGAGAAUUCAGAAACUGCCCUACUAACAUCACUUGAAGAAGGUAAGAGA